AUGGAGUGGAAAAAGACCCUUGGUUUUACAGACCGCUUGAGAACAAUCCAAUCUCUGACCACUGCAUACCAGCAAGCAUCCUCUUCCGCAGCCUUCGCCGAAGCACAAACACAAGCUCGAAAGCUCGAGAGCGAGGCAUAUGAACAAGCCACAUCAAAAGAGGAGUAUGACCGAAUCUAUCAAGCGGCACUUGACGCCGCAGAGGCCACGGUCUCGGAAGCAGCAGAUGCAGAGCUAGAUGACACAAACGCAUCCAGCCAGGAAACCGGCACAAAGAUCGGCCAUUAUACAGACAGCACCCACAUCUUCGACGGCCUGCACUCCACCAUCUACAGAUCCAAAUCCCAGAGCGGCGCCCUCGUUGCGCUGAAAAUCACAACCCCGCACCUCCUGGAACCGCCACACGAUGCCCAGCGCGAGGCCCAACUGCUACGCGAAGCAGCUAGCGAGCACAUCAUUCCCCUGCUAGAGACAUUCAAGCUUGACGGCGGCCGAUUCAUCCUCGUGUUUCCGUACAAGAGGCAUGAUUUCGAGACCCUCCUCCGCCGAGGCACGUUGACAGCCGCGCAGACAAAAACUAUCCUACGCGACAUGUUCAGCGCGAUAGCCGCGUGCCACGAAACAGGGAUAAUCCAUCGCGACAUCAAGCCCUCGAACAUCCUAGUGGACUCUCCGAGCGGACCAGCGUAUCUGGCUGAUUUCGGGAUCGCUUGGCGAGAAGGGAGCAUUGAGGCCGAACCCGCCGACAAGAAGAUCACCGACGUCGGGACGACAUGCUAUCGGCCGCCAGAGGUACUGUUCGGGUACAAGGGAUACGGACCGGCUCUGGACCUUUGGGCUGCGGGGUGCGUCGUCGCAGAGGCAGUGGCCGUGGGCCAUAAACCGCUUUUUGACGCAGGGCCUGUCGGGAGCGAUCUUUCCUUGAUUCAGUCUAUCUUUACGACACUGGGCACACCGGAUGAGCAGAGCUGGCCGGAAACCGCGAAGCUCCCAGACUGGGGCAAGAUCGAGUUCUACAAGUACCCGGCUCAACCGUGGGAUGAGGUUUUGAAGGGCGCAUCUUCAAACGGGCGUGACCUUGUAAGCAAAUUGGUGCGGUACGAGAGUGGCCAUCGUCUCUCCGCUGUAGAGGCUUUAAACCACCCAUAUUUCUCUAGUGGCAGUGCGAAAUCUACAACGACUGAUUAA